CUCCCCCUAGCGGCUCUCCCAAGCCGGUUUACCGCUGCAGUUGGAGCUUCGGCAAAGGAGGAGAGCGAGUCUGCAAAGAGAGCCCCCGAAGUUGCCUGUAAAACGCCGAGACGUGAUCGGCUCUUCCCCCGCUUAGUGGACAUACCGCGGCGGCGUUCGGAACGCUCCCUCCACGGUCUUCCUCACAUCCCCUGGGUCUCCUCAACCGAACAGCACCAUGGGAAAUGAAGCCAGCUACCCCUUGGAAAUGUGCACGCAUUUCGACCCGGACGAGAUCAAGCGUCUGGGGAAGCGCUUCAAGAAACUGGACCUUGACAACUCGGGCUCGCUCAGCGUGGAGGAGUUCAUGUCGCUGCCCGAGUUACAGCAGAACCCUCUCGUGCAGAGGGUCAUCGACAUAUUCGACACGGACGGCAACGGAGAAGUGGACUUUAAAGAGUUUAUCGAGGGAGUGUCACAGUUCAGUGUCAAAGGCGACAAGGAGCAAAAACUUAGAUUCGCAUUCCGGAUCUACGACAUGGACAAGGAUGGCUACAUCUCCAAUGGAGAACUUUUCCAGGUACUAAAGAUGAUGGUGGGGAACAACCUAAAAGACACGCAGCUCCAGCAGAUUGUGGACAAAACCAUCAUCAAUGCUGACAAAGACGGCGACGGCAGAAUAUCAUUCGAGGAGUUCUGCGCGGUGGUGGGCGGUCUGGACAUACACAAAAAGAUGGUGGUGGAUGUGUGAGCGCACCACCACCUCCCUUCUCGACCUCUCUCCAGCUCGUGCAAGUUUCCCCGCCCAAGUUCUCCUCGACGCUCGCUUCCUCCGCCUUGCUCGGCUAAAUCAAGAAAAACCCGCCUCAGUGUCCACCAGCGGAACAUUUCUGUGUCGCUUUUCCACAGCGAAGUGUUAAGUGAAAGGCUGAGGCUGCCUACCAGGUAAAAAAAAAAAGAAAAGAAGAGAGAGACUGAAGGACGAGGAAGUGACUGUAAGAUGAAGGGAGGGAAUUCCAUUUUUUUUAAAUUUACAUAUUUAUUUUGUUUUCUUCUAUUUUAUACGUCAGAAAAGUAUGGAUACAUUCAGUCACACUUGACUUAGAACUAGAUGGUCGGGUAUGAAGUGCCAAGCUAACAUAUCCACGCACACACACGCACACACACACACACACACACACACACACGCACGCACACUUACAAUUACUCAAAAUGUAUAAUUUUUAAGAAAUUAGAGGAUUUUGGUGAGACAAACUUUAACAACUGUGAGAUCAUCUUCUCUGCAAAAAAUUUCCUAUAAAAAAAAAAAGGAUCUGUCAGAUCGGCUUCAUUUUUGGCUAGACAUGCCUGGAACAGUAUUUUGCCCUUUUUUAGCAUUUGUUAGCUGCUUAGCACUUUUAUUGUCACGGGAUGGGGCUGGAAUAAGACUUUUAGCGUUUUGGGUAAAUCGCUAAAACAUUUUCGCAAAAAACAAAACAGCUUUCAUACUAUGUAAAUUUUAAGACAUGUUUAUUGUUAAGACAGGCCUGAGAUGACAAAAUAUUUCCAAAUAUUUCCAAGUGAAUAAACUGGAAGUGGGUGGGCUGCUUUGAAUUAAUAAUCAAAACUGGAAGCUGCAUGAUGUGGAAAUGAGUUUUUCUUUUGUGCAUGUAUAGAUGAACGCGUUUGGAACGAAUAAUCUUGUUUACACAUGGAUGCUGAUGUGGAUAGUAAUCAUCUGCACAAAAUGGAUGUUGCCAAAUGGUUGGUCUCCACAUGAACUUAACUGCAGUACAAUGCGUGUCAUAAUAUUAACCGCCACAUACGCGUUUUUUUUUUUUUUCUUCAAUAUUUUGUGUAUAUAUAUAUUUGUUAAACGCACUUCUGUCUCUGUAUAGUUUGACUCCUUUAUGCUUUGGUUUGGAAAUGCUUCGUCUUGAGUUUGCGUGUGUGUGGGAUAUCAAAUAUUUACUGUAUUAUGAUAUAGUAUUUAAGAUUUUUGUUCUUCUGUUUUUCUGCAUGCUGCGGGACUGUUGGAAACUUGAUACAACUAUAUGAACUUGAAAUACUGUUUAAAUAAACUGAAUGGUUAAAAUGA